AUGCUCAAAAUGGCGAGCGCGUGUGCGGACAGCUCGAAGCAAACACGCUUCCACGAGAUGCACGUGCAACGUCACAAUAACGUCAGCAUCCUGUACGCGGAUAUCGUGAACUUCACACCGUUGUCAGAGAGACUCAGCGCAUCGGACCUUGUGAAAACUUUAAACGAACUCUUUGGAAGAUUCGACCAAAUUGCUCAAGAGAACCAGUGUAUGCGGAUCAAGAUCCUCGGUGACUGUUAUUAUUGCGUGUCAGGACUGCCCGUGUCCAGACCUAACCACGCCUACAACUGCGUGAACAUGGGCCUACAAAUGAUUGAUGCUAUACGUUUCGUCCGGGAAGCAACAGGUUUCAACGUGGACAUGCGUAUCGGCAUACACACGGGCAACGUAUUGUGCGGUGUGCUUGGUCUGAGAAAGUGGCAGUUUGACGUGUGGAGUGAUGACGUCACGCUGGCUAAUCACAUGGAGUCCGGGGGAAUAGCUGGUCGUGUUCACAUCACAAAAGCCACUAUGCUGCAGCUUGGUGGCAAGUUUGAAGUGGAACCAGGUGAGGGCGCCUCAAGAGAAGGGUACCUCGCAGAUCACAAAGUUGAAACUUAUUUGAUCGUGCCACCGAAAAAACCAGGUAUAUCAGAAAACGGCCGUUUAUCUGUGUGUACAGUGGAUCGCAAGGCUAGUAUUGUAUCGUCGAUAUGUCAAGAAGUGUCUCCGACCAAGCCUAAGGACAUCAGUCCGGCACCCUCACAGCAUAGUUUUGUAGAGCAAGAGAACACUAAAGUUAUGAGAGCGGAGUCCUUAAGAAAUCCUGAUCUCAACAGACGAGCGUCAGUUAAAGUAGAUGGUCUUAAAACUGUCGCAUUUGAACAUAACAGCAGUGCUUCUAAUUCCGGAGACACCGUCGUUAAUGGCGCCGUUACCAAACCGAAAAGUCGUAGUGGUUCUAUAAUAGGGGCAAUUAGCCCUAUUAUGGGCACAGAUUCUGAAUCAGAAUCUCCGCCCGCACGAGAUGCUCAACCAUUUUAUCUCCGAAUGCUAAGUACUAUGUCUGUGGAGUCGCUAACAACACCGGGAGUACCAACUAGAUCGCGACCGUCGAGCAAAAUGACUAAAUACGUUGAAUGUUGGGGAGCUGAUAAACCGUUUGCGAACAUCACAGACUCUACCUUAGCCAAAAAUAUUGGUAUUUCUAGCUUAGCAAUGAUCGAACAACAUCUACUUCCUCAAAGAACGUGUUGCGAUUGCAGCAACAACUCAGAAGGCCUAAUACCACUCACAUUAGGUUUCCAAAACAGAAACCAAGAGAGACAGUACAGGAACCAGCCCGACGCACAGUUCAAGUAUUACAUCGCGUGUUCCACUGCUUUGUUCAUGUUACUCGCUUUUAUUCAGAUAUUGACUGUACCUAAAGGCAUAGUAAUCUACGCGUCUUUUGGGCCGACAUUAGUGACAUUGUUAGUAUUUCUGUAUCUCUCAUGGUCGGACGGGAGGGAAGGUCUCCUACUGUCAGACGUACCCGACGACUUGUAUGUAGACAACUGUUCGAAGCCAGGACAGGUAGUAGCCAACAAUUGUUACAUAAGACUGACCAUGUUCGUCAUAUCAGUGGUUUUAAUAAGCUCCUGCGCGGUUAUAAAUUUGUUUCAAGGAUAUAUUAUACAAGACUUUCCAGAAGAUUUAAAUAAUAGCAGCAGUUGGAACGCGACGAGUGCUCCGCGAAUACCGAUAUAUCUAGACGUUGAUUCUGCUCCGAGUUAUCUCUACAGUUCAGUACUGACGUUAGCGUCCAUUUCGGUGUUCCUCCGAUUGGGCUUCGUACUGAAACUAUUUUUAAUGAUCGGGACAUUAAUUGGACAUAUCACGUUAUUUUCUUCAGCAGAAUUAUUUUCUCAAUACCAGAAUAAGGAUCCAGAUACUGAGUUCUCAAUGCUGCCUUAUGCAGCAAAAGCAGGUUUAGUUCUAGUGUUUUUAGCAGCACUCCUUCAUAUCCUGGAUAGGCAAAUAGAGUUCACUUCAAGAACGGACUUCUUGUGGAAGGACAAGCUGAAGUUCGAGCAAGAGGAGGUUGAAACUAUGAGGGGGAUUAAUAAGAUCCUUCUCGAGAACAUUUUACCAGCUCAUGUCGCUCAACACUUCCUAACCUCAGUCGCUUCUAAGGAAGAAUUAUACCACGAGCGCUAUUCUAGUAUAGCCGUGAUGUUUGCUUCGAUUCCCAACUACAAGGAGUUCUACGACGAGACCGACGUCAACAAGCAGGGCCUCGAGUGUCUGCGGCUGCUCAACGAGAUCAUAUGUGACUUUGAUAAGUUAUUAUUAAAGCCGAAGUUCAGUUGCAUCGAGAAGAUAAAGACCAUUGGCAGCACGUACAUGAUCGCGUCCGGACUGCGGCCCGGCAAGGAGGAGCAGAUCGAUGGCAAUAGUAAAGAAGAGCAUACUGUGGCCAUUUUGGUGGAGUUUGCGAUCGCUCUCAUGACGAUAUUAGAUCAAAUCAAUAGAGAGUCGUUUCAGAGGUUCAAAUUAAGGAUAGGUCUAAACCACGGGCCAGUAAUAGCAGGCGUGGUGGGUGCACAAAAACCACAGUACGAUAUAUGGGGUAAUGCAGUGAAUGUGGCAUCUCGUAUGGACUCCACCGGCCUCAUGGGCAAAAUACACGUGACUGAGGACACUGCUAAGGUGUUAAUGAACGCGGGAUACACGUGCGAGUGUCGCGGACCGACGUUUGUUAAAGGGAAAGGGACAUUAGUGACUUAUUUCGUUAAAACACCCAAUAUUGGUGUA